UUAUCAGCCGCUUCUUCUGCAACAAUUUCUACUCCAUUAAUCAUCAUCAUCUUCUUCACCAGCUCAUCCUCUCUCUCUAGAUUUCGAUCAUUAGGGUUCAUAAAGCUUCUUCCUUUCUUCAUGACCGAUCAAUCUAGACCGGCCGCCGGUUAUCCAGCUACCGGCUACCCAGCUCCCCAACCGGCCGGUUACUCAAACGCCGGCAACGCCUAUCCCUACGCCGUUCCUCCACAGACAAACCCACCUUACUAUAACCAAAACCCUUAUUAUGCUCAGCCCUACGACAAUCGCCGCGCCCUUCUCCGCCGUAUUUUCGCCAUUAUCAUCGCCACAUUUAUCAUCGCCGGCACGAUCGCGUUCAUAACUUGGCUGAUUCUCCGUCCACAUCUUCCAGAGGUUCGGAUCGAUUCGUUUUCUGUCAGCAAUUUGAAUCUUUCAUCAUCUCCAUCUUUGAUCACGGGAAACUGGGACGUUCGGUUUACUGUUCGGAACCCUAAUAAGAAAAUCAAUUUAUAUUACGAUGUAGUCAAUGCAUAUGCGUAUUACCAGGGUGAAGAACUAUCGGAUACUACUUUAGCACCUUUUUCACAGGGGAAGAAGGUCGAGACGCAAGGGAGGGCGACGCUGGCGGCAUCGUCGAAGUUCAUUGAUAAGUGGGUUAUUGAUGGGAUCAAUGGAGAGAAAAGUCGAGGUGGAAGUGUGAAUUUCAAUGUGAGAAUGUUGUCUCGAGUUCAAUUUAAGGCUGGGUUUUGGUGGGCGAGAAGGCGUUAUGUUAGGGUUUAUUGUGGAGAUUUGAUAGUUGGGUUUGGAUCAAAUGGAAACUCAGGGAACUUGACAAGUGGUGUAAGGCAAUGCAAAGUUGGUUAAUUAGUAAGUUCUUGAUUUCCUUCUUUGUUGGUUGGUUGAUUGCUGCUACUAAUGAUCGAUCAGAUCAUCUUUACCACUUACUAAUUGAAAAUUUUCAGAAAUGAAUGUUAUUAAUCUCUAUGUU